UCACAUAUCAAGACUUCCUUCUGCUCGGUGGCCAUUUUGAUUCGAAACACAGAUUAGUAUUAGUCAACGAACUACCAGUUAUUUCCUGUCAAAAUGUCCACUAGAGCCCAACGCGAAAAAGGACAAACACAGAACGCGAAUCAAGCCAUCCUUGCUGGUCUUCUAAAGGAAGAAUCGAAUAAAUACUGUUCAGACUGCGGCGCAAAAGGACCAAGAUGGGCAUCAUGGAACCUCGGAGUGUUCUUGUGCAUUCGUUGUGCUGGAAUWCAUCGUAAUUUAGGCGUACAUAUCUCGAAAGUAAAGUCCGUGAAUUUGGACUCAUGGACUCCUGAACAAAUGACCAAGAUACAAGAUUGGGGUAAUAGAAGGGCUGGUAUGUACUGGGAAUGCUUCUUACCUAAGGAUUUUCACCGACCUCAGACAAAUUCGGCAGUAGAAACGUUCAUCAGGAAUAAAUAUGAACACAAGAAAUAUGCUAAGAAAGAUGGGAUGCCCCCAAAGGCAAUUGUACAGGAGAGCACAUCCAUUGCAACAAAGGUCAACAAACCAGAAAAGGUUGUUAAGAAAAAGAAACUAAUAGAUGAGCAAAAUGGUAUUUCUGUAACAGCACAGGCACUCAGUGACAAGGUUGUUGCACCAUCCAGAACGACAGCUCCUGUAUCCAGGCCGAAACCUCGGGUCACAGCCACUGCACCUCCUGCUGUCCAAUCAAGCGCACCUUCUGUGGAUUUACUAUCGCUGGAUACACCAGCCCCUGUUGCAAACCAGACCCAGAAUCCUGUGAUGCAAAUUCCAAACUCUUCUCCAUCUGCUGAGUUGAUUGAUUUUGGGGCUUUCCAAGGAGCACCCCAGAUUUUAAGUCAGUCUCCGCCAUCACAACCACAACAGUUGGCCAGUAUGACUCAGUCUGCUCCACCAGUAGAUAAUGAAGAAUCACUUUUAAAAGAUGACAACACAACAAAGAAGUCAACUAAAGACAGUAUAAUGGCUCUGUACACUGGAGGUGGAAGUACUGCAGCACAACAGCCCCACAUGUAUGGCGUCCCUGGUGGAAUGUACCUUCAACAACAGCCUCAAAUGCACAAGACCCCAGCCAAUGUGUAUAAGAGUCCUUUACAGACACCAUAUCAUCCACAGCCUCAUGUUAUGCCAAUGCAUAUGCAACAGCACUUGAUGCAACACCCAACACCACAUCAACAGCAAGCACAGUUGUCACAAAUUCAACAGCAAAUGCAACAGCUCAAAGUCCAGAAAAACCAGCAAAUGCCGCCAUUCCCACAACAACAGCAGCAGUCACAUCAACAACCCAACAUGUAUGGCAAUAAUACUAUGUUCACCCAACAACACGCUAUGAAGAAUAUAAUGACACAGCAACAGUCCAUGCACUACCAAAAACAGCAGCAACCACAGUUCAUUAGCACUGGUCCCAGUACAAAUAUGUUUCCAAUGAAUGGAAUGCCUUCAUCAGGGCACACCUUUAACAACCAACUAUGGAAAUGAAACAAAUGGCAACACACACUAUCCUCCUUUGACUUUGAUCUUCAGAUCAACCACAAUAUCUCAAGAAGUAUAGAGGAAUCUGGUAUGGAAGUUAUUGAAGAACUUUGGCCAGAAUUUCCUGUACUUAACUAGUCAUGUUCCUAAAGAAAUGUAUGUAGAGAUGAUACGUAGUACCAUAUCAGUCACUAGUCUGCCAUGUGGGAUGCUGUGAAUUACUGAUGUACCUCAAAUACCAAUGAAAUUACAAACCAUGAAGCAGACAGACUUGAAUCAGGGUCCCGUUAUACGUUGUACAAUCCAACAGACAAAUCCUUAUCCAGUGGAUAAGUUGAUGCUGUUAUCCAAUAAAUUUUCCACUGGAUAAGAUUCAUUCUUCGGAUAACGCUGUCCACCAGCAUAGACUAGAGGCUAGAGGUUCAAGCUGAGUUCUGAUGUGGUGAUUGUAGAUUUAUUACUUGGAGUUUCCUACUCCUAAUCAAGAUUAUGUUUAUAUAACCUCCCUUACAUGGCAGACUCCUGAUACUUUUAAGUAAAAAUGAUCAAUAGAAAUACUGUAAACGUUCAAAAAUAUACCUGUUAUCACAGGAUUUUGUUCUGCAUCCAAAAAGGCACAUUGCGCAAACAUAAGCCCAGGGUUUAUUUUAGGAGAUUUACCAUUGUUAAAUGCCAUUAGAUGUGGAACAAGUGAUUGAGGUCCUGUUCUUGAACUUGAUGUUUGGGAAUCCAACCCCAUUUGGAACAGGGUCAUAGUCCAAUAUUUUGUUCCUCAAAUGUACAGAAUGUGAAAUCAUACAGUUCCUAAUGAAUCAUUUUAAAUUUUCUUUCCAUUGUAACUGUAGAACAAAUAAUUUUGAGAUAUUCAUAUUCCGAUAAUUUGGCAUUUGAAACUUAAGUGUUUAUCAAAUGGGGAUCAAGUCAUCUGAUACUUGGGGGGGAGGGGGUGGGGGCUUGAUAAACUGCCGAGGUGGGGAGUAUUUUAAAAUUCAAUAUUAUUUUUUGGUUGCAGCUUAGGAUGCUUUUCAUUUCACUGAUUGUUUUGUGGGAUAAUAACAUCAAUUUUGAUACUCUUUGAAACCACACUUGUGAAAAUUAAUUCCAAAUUGAACUGAAAACUGUCUGAUCACCUUUACUAACAAUUGAGUACUCCCUAUUCAAAAGAAAAUACUGAGCCUCUCAGAAGGCAUUGAUCUAUUAAACAGUCUCAGUGGAUACUUGAUCCCAUAUGUUGCCAGAAACUUCAAAUGCCGAAAUGUAGGAUAUUAAUAUUUCUAAAAGCCAAGUGCUUGUAAUUUGCCGGCAGACUGUUUGUCUUACAAACAAAUUAUAUAUUUUGUCUUGUACAGUUGCUAUAAUACAAAAGAAUCAUAAACAAUUACUUAUUUUUAGGAUUUUAGGUAGUUUGAAAUAGCAAAAAUUGUAUCGAUAGAUGCUUAUUGAUUGGCCCAGGGGCUAUCACACAUACUUUAUUAUUAUGAGAAACUAGUACUAGAGAGAAAACACAAAUAUAAAAAAAGUUUAUCAAUCAAAUUUCAUUCUGGAUGCUGAAAUUCAAUUCGAGUCUCCUACAAAGAAAAGUCCUGGAAAAGGUUAUUUAUUUAAGGGUUAAAGGGGAAAGGCUUACCAAAACUAUAACCCAUUUUACUUGUCUCUGAUUGGUUGACUCAGAACCUAAUUGAUAAAUUAAGGCAAAAGAGCGGCGUAUAAGUCAGCUGGCACUCUAUUGUUGCAUGAUGUAGCAUGCCAUGUCAAACUUAAUGUUUUUGCCAUACCAAACUAAAACUGCUGGACUGAACUGAUUCAUACACAACUCUUUUGCCAUAUUUAAUCCAUUAAUUACAUUUCGCACAACAGGCAAUAUUUAGUUUGGCAUACAGUAUUAAGUUUACUAUCUGAAUCAGUCUGUAGCUUGAACCAAUGAAUCUAAUUGUCUUACCACUAAGGUUUUUUGUAGAUGAGUUGAGCAGCCCAUGGAACAGACCUCAUUUAGUUAAAAUAUAUGUCUAAUUUCUCUCUUUCCAGACAUAGUUUUCAUUUAGUCAUGCCAAUAAUUAUGCCUCAAAAAUCCUGGUGAUUUAACUGUUAUAUAUUCAUUUGAAUGGAUCUACAAUUUAAUAGAUGGUUUGUUAUUGUAGAAUGAAGAUAGUGGGAAGACUUGAUUUACAAAGCUGAAUCAGUUGAACCCUGCCCCAUCAACCACCUGAAGAAAAUAACUAAUUUCAGGUGAAAUAUAAGAGAAAAGUAUUGAAAUGAUCAAAUAGUCAUAAUGAACUUACAAUCAUGUUAUUACACCACUACAUAUUUGACUUGCAGGGUAACCAUACUACAGAUCCAAAUUGGUUUCCAUUUUCAGUUUACUACUACAGAAAUCAAUCAAUUCAUAAAUGUUUUUGUUUUGUUUAUAGCUCUUCCCAGUCACAAACACGAUAUUGUACAAUUUGCUGUCACGACAAAGUAGGUUUUGGUGGAUGUCAAUCAAGAUAUUUCCACAACAUUCCAUAGGCACAUGUCCUUGAAAACUUUGUGUUUUCUGACAUUGUCAUGGAAACACUUUGAUUGAUGUCCACCAAUAAAAAAACCUAUUUUAUCAUGACAGAUUUUACAAUAGGCCUUUCCCAAAUUCGCUUGACUGAUCACGAAGCAAUGGUGUCAAGUCGAGGUUGAACUUGAUGAAUAAAAGAAUCAAGUUCAGUCUCGAAUUGAAACCAUUGUUUCAUGGUCAUCCAAGUGAAUUCAGGAAAGGUCUAUUCUGCUUGUGAUUGGAAAGUUUUGUAACUUCAUAGAAAGAUUCAAAUUCAAAUUAUUUUAUUGUAGAGUUGUAUUUGCUUCUUUAUCAAUUUUAAAUGUACUAUACAUUGGAAGCAUUAUUUGGUAUUUGGCUUUUGGUUGUUAAUUGAGAUGUUGAUCUUUUUAUUCUUGUAACUCUAGUUUAGCAUCAAAACUGUGUGAUUAUAUGUAAAGCAUGUUAUGUUACUUGGGCAAAUAUAUAAAUGUACAUGUACAGAACUGGAUUUGACCAAUAAAAUUUAUAUCUCAGUA